GGGCCUGCUAACAGCAGUGGUCGGGGCUGGCAUCGGGGGCGCUGCCGUGGCCCACUUCCUCCAGCAGCACUUUGGACCCCAGGUGCACAUCGACGUGUACGAGAAGGGGACCGUGGGUGGUCGCCUAGCCACCAUCUCGGUCAACAAGCAGCACUACGAGAGCGGGGCCGCCUCCUUCCAUGCCCUGAGCUUGCACAUGCAGGACUUCGUCAAACUGUUGGGGCUGAGACACCGGCGCGAGGUGGCGGGCAGGAGCGCCAUCUUUGGUGGGGAGCACUUUGUGCUAGAGGAAACCGACUGGUAUCUGCUGAAUCUCUUCCGCCUGUGGUGGCACUAUGGCAUCAGCUUCCUGCGGCUGCAGAUGUGGGUGGAGGAGGUCAUGGAGAAGUUCAUGAGGAUCUAUAAGUACCAGGCCCACGGCUACGCCUUCUCGGGUGUGGAGGAGCUGCUGCACUCACUGGGUGAGGCUGCCUUCAUCAACAUGACCCGGCGCUCCGUGGCUGAGGCCCUGCUGCAGGUGGGCGUUACACAGCACUUCAUCGACGAUGUCGUCUCUGCCGUCCUGCGGGCCGGCCACGGCCAGUCGGCAGCCAUGCCUGCCUUUGCCGGGGCCAUGUCACUGGCUGGGGCCCAGGGCAGCCUGUGGUCCGUGGAAGGAGGCAACAAGCUGGUCUGUUCGGGUUUGCUGAAGCUCACCAAGGCCAACGUGAUCCAUGCAGCAGUGACCUCUGUGACCCUGCAUGGUUCGGAGGGAAAGGCCCUGUACCGGGUGGGCUAUGAGAGUGAGGCAGGGAGUGGCUCUGACCUGUACGACAUCGUGGUCAUCGCCGCGCCCCUGGCCCUGGACAACAGCAGCCGCUUCACCUUCGAGGGCUUCAGCCCUCCCAUCGCAGACGUGCAGGGUGCUUUCCAGACCACUGUCGUGUCCCUGGUCCACGGCUACCUCAACUCCUCCUACUUUGACUUCCCGGACCCCAAGCUCUUCCCCUUUGCCAGUGUGCUCACCACCGACUUCCCCACCUUCUUCCACACCCUGGACAAUAUCUGCCCUGUCAACGUGUCUGCCAGCUUCCGGCGGAAGCAGCCCCAGGAGGCAGCCGUGUGGCGAGUCCAGUCGCCCAGACCCCUGUUUCGGACACAGCUGAAGACGCUCUUCCGCUCCUACUACUCAGUGCAGACAGCCGAGUGGCAGGCUCACCCCCUAUAUGGCUCGCGGCCCAGCCCUCCACGGUUCGCUCUGCACGACCAGCUCUUCUACCUCAGUGCCCUAGAGUGGGCAGCCAGCUCUGUGGAGGUGACGGCCGUGGCAGCCAAGAACGUGGCCUUGCUGGCCUACAACCGCUGGUACCAGGACCUGGACAAGAUUGACCAGAAGGAUCUGAUGCACAAGGUCAAGACUGAGCUGUGAGGCUCAGGGAGUCCAGAACACCGGCCUGAAGAUGGGCUGCAGCCAAGUGGAGCGUGCCAGGCCUCCCUGACCCACGUGUCAGGUCAAGCAUCUCCCUAGCACCAGCCAUGGCCCUGUCGGCCUGUUGCCAGAGGACCCUCUGGGUGGCUGCUGCUGCUUUUAAGGGCGAGAAUAGGAAGAGAGAAGGAAACCGAAGCCAGUGUAUUUCUUUUAUU